AUGAUUGAAGCUCUUCUUUUUGGAAUUGUUCUUGGAAUGAUCCCGGUUACUCUUUCUGGGCUUUUUGUAACAGCCUACCUUCAGUACCGUCGUGGAGAUCAAUUAAAUCUUUAG